AUGGGCGUCACCAACAAGAAAACUUUGACCAAGACACGAAGGAAGACAAGGGAUGUCGACCAGAUCAAGGCCGAUCUGCGCUCGCCGCGCCAUCUCCAACGUUUCACGGGAUCAAAAGCAAAGGAGGAUCUUCCAGGACUGGGUCAGCAUUAUUGCAUCGAAUGCGCCAAGUGGUUCGAGACCGAAGUCAGCCUCGUAGGCCACCGUAAGGGAAAGCCUCACAAGCGCAGGGUCAAGCAGUUGAAAGAGGAACCGUAUACCCAGAAAGAGGCAGAGGCCGUCGUCGGCAUUCGAACAGACGACAAAGGUCCCAACAAGGGAGGACCCGAGAAGGCCCUCGACCAGGAGAUUGAGAUGGAGACCUGA